CCAUAGCGCAUGGAAAGGGUCAUAAUAACAAUAAGAAACCUAAUUGUUAUGGUGUUGAUCUCAAAUAUGACAUGAAUAAUUGCGGUUCUUGUGGCAAUGCUUGUCCGUUAAGCUCAUAUUGCAAUAAAGGACAAUGUGUUUGCUUUAAAAACCAAAAAUUAUGUAACAAUACCUGUGUUGACACUACCCAUGACAAACAAAAUUGUGGAUCUUGUGGCAAUACCUGUCCUAGUAUUUCAACUUGCAAAAAUGGACAAUGUGUCUGCCCUAAAAACAAAAAAUUAUGUGACAAUACCUGUGUUGACACUACCUGUGACCAACAAAAUUGUGGAUCUUGUGGCAAUAAAUGCCCCGAUGAUUCAACCUGUAAACGUAGUGUAUGUACUUGCAACAAAGGCAAAACACUUUGUGGCGAUCAAUGUGUAAACACUAUCACUGAUAAAUCAAAUUGCGGAGGAUGUGGAAUUGCUUGUACUGAUAGCUCAAUCUGUCAAAAUAGCAAUUGUACUUGCCCUAACAAUGGGACACUUUGCAACAGUCAAUGUGUAGAUACUACGACUGAUACAUCAAAUUGUGGAAAAUGUGGAGCUGCUUGUCCUGAUGGCUUAAUCUGUCUAAAUAGUGCAUGUGCUUGCCCUAACAAUGGGACACUUUGCAACGGUCAACUAUGUCUAGACACUCAAACUGACAAUUUAAACUGCGGAAGUUGUUGA